UCAGGCCUGUGGGUACGGUACCUUUCCGUCAACUCCGCUGUCGAUGGAAGCCACAAAAACACAGACGCCCACCUACCGCUAUCGCCGCUCAGCUCUACACUCUCUACCGAGCCCUUCAAAAUGGCGGCAGCUUCCUCCAUCCAGCCGCCGAGCGUACACGCAAUAAAGCAGGAAAAUUCACCUUUCCCGGACUCCGACAGCCCGGAGAGCCGGCAGGAUGAAGACGCGCCAUCCGAGGGUACGAGUCUUCGAGAUAUGCCAGAUUUGGACCCGGAGGAAAUCGAGAGGAGGUUGGAGAAAACUAACCGGGAGCUGAGCAACAGGAGAAAAAUCCUCAUCAAGAACCUGCCACAAGAUACAACCAACCAGGAGGUCCACGACAUUUUAAAGGAGUACGAGCUCAAGUACUGUUUUGUCGACCGGAACAAAGGCACAGCCUUUGUGACGCUGCUGAAUGGCGAGCAGGCCCAGCACGCCAUCUCGUCCCUGCACCAGUCGAGCGUGCGCGGGCGCCUCAUCAGCGUCCAGCUGCAGCCCACCGACUCGCUGCUGUGCGUGGCCAACCUGCCGCACACGCUCUCGGCCGAGGCCUUCCACCAGCUGGUGCGCUCGCACGGCAACGUGGAGCGCUGUUUCCUCGUGCACAGCCCGCGCUCCGGCCACUCCAAGGGCUACGGCUUCGUGGAGUACAUGAAGAAGGACUCGGCCUCGCGGGCGCGCUCGGAGCUGCUGGGCCGCGCGCUGGGCGAGCGGUCUCUCGUCGUGCAGUGGACCGACGCCAACCAGCUGAUCGAGCCCGAGCAGCUGCACUCACGCUGCCUGUGCAUCGACCGGCUGCCGCUGGACUUCGACGACACCGAGGAGCUGGCCCGCGUGUUCUCGCAGCGCUACCGGCCCGUCUUCUGCCAGCUGGCUCAGGAUGAGGGCAGUCCAGUGCGUGGCUUUGCAGUGGUGGAGUACGAGACGUCGGAGCAGGCAGAGUGUGCGCUGCUGGAGAUGGACCGCACGCUGAUCCAGGGUCAGGAGGUGCGCCUCUCCCUCUGCGCCCCAGGAACCUCCGGACGCAGCACGCUCGCAGCACUCAUCGCAGCUCAGGGAGUGAUGUUGAGCAGUAAGAAGGGCUUGUUGCCAGAGCCAAGUCUAGCACAGCUCCUGAACAGCAUGACCAACCCAGCAGCCCUGCAGGUCCUCAUGAGACCCUACCACACAGGCAAGCGUGGAGGUAAAUUCGGGCGCCCCCAUAACCUGCCCUUCCUGAGACCCCCCCUCACAGCAGCCCUGCUCCAGCUGGGGAAGGUGCAGCAGAGUACGAUGCUGGGGAACGGCCUUGUUCUACAGAACCUGCUCCACAUGCAACUGGCCCAGCAGCAGCUCCUACAGAUCAAAGACAAGCACAUCACUAACGUGUCCAGUCUGCUGGGUGACCCCUCCAGGCUGCUGCUGCAUAAGGCUCUGGGGCUGCGGGCUCCUGCUGCUGCUCCGGCUGCUGCUGCCCCCAUGGCGCUGGGGAAGGGACUACUGGGAGACUCCCCCACCGAGGAGUCCGCCCCAGUGGCUCCCCAGGCCCCCCAUCUCCACGGCCAGCAUGGCACCCUACCUGUCUGCCCGGACCCACCCAGGUGCCCAGCCCGGUCCGGAGCAGAACGGCGGUGUGGCCAAGCCACGGCCCCAGAGAAGCAACCCGCACCUCCAGGCACCACAGGGAGUGCGGCCGCCGCGCAGCCCCAGCUGCAGAGCUUCCUCUCAGGCAUGAGCAGCCCCAGCAUGGGCCCCCUGCUCGCAGCCACAGCCCCCAAGGCAGCCAGCAGCCUCCAUGGGACCCACACAGAGAGCAGCUCCACUCUCACGAGUCAGUUGAGUAGUCAGACGUCUUUGCUGGGGGAGCCACCAAAAGAGGUGAAGCUUCCCUCCAACCCCUACCUGAACCUGGCCAGUGUGCUGCCUGGAGCAGUGCUGCAAGCGGCCCCCAGCAGCAGUAAGGCCCAGGCGGUGGCGACCCACAGCGUGGGCUACAGCUCCGUCAUGCCCCCCACCUCUCACCCCAGCACCCAGUACAGCACCGAUGCGCCUGCCGACUACACUCAGCAGUACAGCCAGCCCUACUCACAGGAGGCCAUGCAGCAAUGGUACCAACACUAUCAGACACAGAACUACAGCAGUGCCAACCAAGAGGCCACUGCAGUCAGUGAAUACAGCAAGGAACAGCCACAGGCCACAGCCACCACCUCCUAUGGAGACUACAGCUCCUACAUGCAGGCAGUCAGUCACUACUACACACAGACCCAGAUGAACCCAGCAGCCGUGCAGGCCUAUCAGCACAGAGACGCUGCCAAGGAGUCAGACGUGGUGAAGGCCUCCCUCGGAGCAGGACUCAAUGGCAGUGCCCAGACCAUGCUGCCCGCUGCUGUGCUGCCGGCCUACAGUGCCCUACCCAUGAUGCCUGGCUUCAUCAGCGCCCCCCACGCCACACCCAUCCCUGUGACCCUCCCACAGACCGCAGCCGCCACCACAGCAGACUGGAACCAGUACUACUACGCUCAGGCUCGCGGGCAGAAGAGGGAGUAUCCUCAGCUGCCAGUUCCAGAAGUGGCAUCAGAUGGUCCAUAUGUUGGCCAACACUCGCAGGGGCUUGGAGGCCAAUACGCAGACUACUUCAAGAAGAAGCGGAUCUAACACACACAAGCACGCACACACGCACGCACACACACACACGCACGCACGCACACACACACACACACACACACACACUCAACAAUUUAUAAUGUAUACACACAUACUUAAAUGCACAUACACUUGUAGAUGUAUUUGGUUUUGUCUCUUUGUGAUGUCCAGACCAAGUAUUCUGUUUUACUCAGUCACAUACACAUGCUUACACACAUGCUUACACACACACACACACACAUACACACAUGCUUACACACAUGCUUACACACACACACACACACACACACAGAGACACACUUACACAGACAGACACACACAUACACACAAACACUCACCAAAACAAACACACAUUUUUCCAAUGACCAUGUUGCUAUUGUUACUGUCGUCCAAGCCUUAAACUCUUGAGCUCUUUUCUCUGACGUCGUCGCUGAGGUCAGAACGUGUACAUGAUUUUCCUGAUGUGUGUAUUUCUUACUGUAAACGCGUUUGAAUGGACCUUGUGUUGUCAGGCUACCUGUGCCCGUGCACACGGCCUAUAGCUCCUCUGCUGGGCUGGGGUGGCAUUACACUGAGUGAGGGGAGAUCAGAUAGCACUCAGGCCUUGGGUUGGAACAGACUUUCCUCUGCUCUCCUCUGCUCUGGGCAGUGUCUCGGCAGGUAACACACACACACACACACUCGCGCUCACGUGCACUUACACCCACACUCACACACAUGUGGACACAUACACAUACACACUCAAGUGCUACUUAUUCUGGCAAUCACUGAUCAAGGCCUGCAAGAGAGAGAGAGACAGCAGUCCAAAGACAAAGUGACCGGAGAGGAGAAUGGAAUGCAGAGCUUCAGUGACAUCACUGUGUAGUGGCCAGUGUAUUUGUGUGUGUGUGUGUGUCUGUGUGUGUGUGUGUGUGCAGCAUUGUACAUAAUACUGUCACUGUAGGAGAGAUCAGCCAUCAAACUAUUGAGCUUCAGGGCAUAAGAUAGAGGCUCAGAGGUGUGCGUGUGAGUGUGUUAGGGUGUGUGUGUGUGUGUGUGUGUGAAGGGGAAUGCCAGGUCCACACUGCGCUAGUUCAGAUGCCAGCCCCUCUUUGUGAUGCAAUAAUGGGAGUUACUGUGGCGACUGACCUGUGGCCUCGGCUCCUGUUGCUGAAGGGUUACUGUGGAGGUGGUUUUGCCAUGGCAACUCAACCUGUGGCCUUGGCUACUGUUGCUGAGGAAAGUUGUUGUUCUGGAGCGAUUGUGGCGGAUUGAAGUGUGUCUGAGUUUAAAGCUUUACAGCUGCCGAUACUGCAACCUAACAAUAAUGUUUAAUACUGAUUACAAUAACAUGAAUAAUAAUAUUUAUGUAAUACUUACUGUUUGAGUUAUUUGGAAGCAGAAGAAUGUGCUUUGUGUAAACAUGCUGUAUGUGUGGGUGAGUGUGUAAGUGUGUGUGUCGGAGUACGGCAGGAGGGGUUAGAGUGCACUCACACAAGGCGGAGCAGCUGGCCCUGUAGUCAUGUGGGAGAGGAUCAGGCAAUAACACCACAGCACAAUGCUGUUCCACGUCUGUUAGUGGUGUUUCUGUGUGCGUUAAUCCCCCUCGUCCUCUGUCUGCCUAUCACUCUCUCUCGCUCUCUCGCUCUCUGCACUCUUCCCUCUGAAGGGAGAGCUCUAUUUGUCCCGGGUGUCGGGGGAAACGGCCGCGCCGCAAAAGCUCAGCGGCUGCACCCUGACCCGCGCGGGAGCUAAUCUUGUCCAAAUCUGAAGGCCAUCAGUGCAGGACUGUGAUUUGUCCGACCACGCUAAGCCUCCUGUGAGUCUGGCCCACCGCCGCAGUGCGCUCCCUCCCCCCUCUUGGCCUUUCUCUCACCCCCACCUCCAUGUGGACAGUUCCCCAGCUGACUCGGCCGGUCGGUUUGCCCCGUCUCUCCUCCAUGUCUUAAAAAGGUAAUGUGCUUAGAUUAGGCCUCGGUUCUUCCAUCGGAAUCUUUCAGGAGCACUCCUGUUCUCCCCGCUGUAAAAUAGUAUCAGCAGCAGGCCUCACUCAGUGUUGUGAAUGUAUCUGAAGCAAGCUUCUGUUUCUGAGUGUGUUUUUGUGUGUUGUUGGGCUACCUAGUAAUUCUAGUGAUUGUAUCUAUCUCUUACCCUGACAAUGUACAAUAUAAGCCAUUAUCACAUGUGCCACAACUUCCUGAAGAGCAGUUGGGGUAUGUGUGUACUUGAGUGAGUGAGUGAGUGUGUGUGUGUGUGUGUGUGUGUGUGUGUGUGUGUGGCUGUGUAGGCUCUAGCCUAACUUAGGGCUACAAUUCCCAAGCCAUGCCAAGCCACUGCCCUGUACUCUUAUUAAUGCACAAGUGCAUGUUUGCUGGGGGUUUGGGAGUGGAGGACGGAGCCGUGGGAGGGAGGUGUGUUGGGGACGCUUGGCCACUCUUCUCCAAGUGCUGGAGAAGUGAAAGCAAUAUGGCAGUCCAGUGGUGUUGUUCCCCACAGCCCAGGCCUGUGCCAGCCUCGUCCCCGUUUGAUGACACGUUCUGACCGCUUUCCUGAUGGGUUCCUGUGUCCAGUCCACUGAUCAGCCAGUCUGUCGUCCAGUCGGGAUCACUCGUGUUUCCAGCGUCAGCGCUCCGGCCUAUCAGCAGGGAUUUCGAUCAAAGCACAUUUACCUCUGUGUAGACACGACAACAGGCCUCCCGCGCUCUCGCUGGCUAUUCAGGCUAACUAUCUAACCCACGUCUGUCCGGUCUCCUAAUGUCGUCCACACUAUCGCAGUUUUUUUCUCUCCAGGGGGUUGAGACAGUGCAAGCAUGAGUGACAGGAUGGGGAGAGGAGUGUGGGCUCCAGAUGAGCUGAGGGGGGAGUGGGACAGUUCUCUUGCCUUACGAGGAGGAUCGGUGGGGUAGGUAUGGGGCAGAGUUCUUACUAUUUAGUCAGUGUGCCUAUGACUUGCAUGUUGCUGGCUGGGUGAGACUGGUUGUUGUAAAGAAGGUAGUAAAUAUAAGGUAGUUUCCCCCAUAAGCCUUUGCAGGCAUUGGGCAUGAAUGCUUCUAAACAAGCUUGACAGAACUCCACACCCUUCCAGGUCGUUUACAGAAUGGUCACUGAGGUGUCCAGCUGACGAGGUGAGGACUCUAUCCAACUAUACUUCACCUUAAAUAGACGAAAGACUGCUGGUGUGUGUGGAUGUGAGUGUGAAUGUGUGUGUAGACGGGGUGUCAUGUGAGGCUUCACAAAAGCUUUGCAAUACUUAAGUUCCCUCUGUAGACUUCAGAGGGGUUUGUGUCUCUGGGUUAGGGUGCGAAUAGAAGCCUCCUGCUAGGAAUAUAUUUUGCUGGCCUGUUUGUACUUUUGAGUUUAUUCUGUAUAUGUAUCUGUUUGGUUUCUGUUCAGAUCUUACAUUUCAGACUUUUUGCAAUAUUUUAUAUCUCAACUGUGUUAAUAUUGCUUUACUGUGAAUAAGCUAUUUUUAGGAACAAUGUAAUUUUAGCAUGCUUAUCUUUUCCUCUGGAAAAUAGACAAACUGAUAAACUUUUCAUUCUAUGGAGCUGACGGCUUUUUAAUUAUUAAUGGCAAAAAAAGAUGAAAAAAGAUGUUAUUUAUUUGAAAGGUGUAUUUAUGUACAUUUUCUCCCCCACAUGUCGUACUUUCCUGUCUUAUUUCUCUGAAUUAUCAUUUUUGUUCUUUUGAAACAGGAAUUGUUUUACAUUCCGAAAUAAAACAAAAUAUUGGGACAACUUC